GUUGGAGACAAUGUGGGUGAUUGUGCUGCUCGAGGUGCUGAUCUUUUUGAAAGUAUUGCAGCUGAAAUAAUUAGCGCUAUGAUACUUGGGGCAACAAUGGCCCAGCAGUGUAAAAUUGAAGAUCCUUCAGGCUUCAUCUUGUUUCCUCUUGUUGUUCACUCUUUUGACCUGGUAAUUUCUUCAGUUGGAAUACUUUCAAUCAGGGGUACACGGGACUCUGGCUCGAAGUCUCCUAUUGAAGAUCCAAUGUCAAUUCUACAGAAAGGAUAUUCUAUUACAAUAGUGUUAGCUGUUCUGACCUUUGGUUUGUCCACCCGUUGGUUGCUUUAUACUGAACGAGCUCCUUCUGCCUGGUUCAACUUUGCCUUGUGUGGUUUGGUUGGCAUCAUUACGGCAUACCUUUUUGUUUGGAUCACCAAGUACUAUACUGACUACAAGCAUGAGCCUGUACGCACAUUAGCACUUUCAAGCACCACAGGCCACGGGACUAAUAUAAUUGCUGGAGUCAGUUUGGGCCUGGAAUCAACUGCGCUUCCUGUUCUUGUCAUUAGUGUAUCUAUUGUUUCAGCUUUCUGGCUAGGUCGUACAUCUGGGCUAGUGGAUGAAGCUGGAAAUGCAACUGGUGGGCUGUUUGGCACAGCUGUAGCUACAAUGGGAAUGCUCAGCACUGCUGCCUACGUUCUUACCAUGGAUAUGUUUGGUCCAAUAGCGGAUAAUGCUGGUGGAAUAGUUGAAAUGAGUCAGCAGCCAGAAAGUGUCCGAGAGAUCACUGAUCUUCUCGAUGCAGUAGGGAACACCACUAAAGCUACCACCAAAGGAUUUGCCAUUGGUUCUGCAGCACUUGCAUCGUUCCUUCUGUUUAGUGCUUAUAUGGAUGAGGUAGCUGCAUUUUCUCAGGAACCUUUUAAACAGGUUGACAUUGCCAUUCCAGAAGUUUUUGUCGGUGGAUUGUUAGGCUCCAUGCUUAUUUUUCUAUUUAGCGCCUGGGCCUGUGCUGCAGUUGGCCGAACUGCUCAAGAAGUUGUUAAGGAAGUAAGGAGGCAGUUUAUUGAGAGGCCUGGCAUAAUGGACUACACGGAGAAACCAGAUUAUGGCCGUUGUGUUGCCAUUGUAGCAUCUGCAUCUCUGAGGGAGAUGAUAAAACCUGGUGCUUUGGCUAUUGUUUCACCUAUAGCUGUUGGUUUCCUGUUCCGGAUUUUGGGUUACUAUACAGGGCAUCCUCUACUAGGGGCUAAAGUUGUGGCCGCCAUGCUGAUGUUUGCAACAGUGUCUGGAAUUCUUAUGGCUCUUUUCCUGAACACAGCAGGUGGUGCCUGGGAUAACGCAAAGAAGUACAUAGAGACAGGGGCUCUCGGAGGCAAAGGGAGCGAUUGUCAUAAAGCAGCAAUUACAGGAGAUACUGUGGGAGAUCCAUUCAAAGACACCGCCGGACCUUCCCUUCAUGUCCUCAUAAAGAUGCUUGCGACAAUUACGCUUGUAAUGGCUCCAAUCUUUCUGUGACAUUUGUUUAUAUACCUAUUAACUAUUAACUAUUGCAGGCUCACCCCCUUUUUAUGGUCUCAACGGCAUACAGCACCCAUUUCCCUUGAAUACAUAAUAGAUAUUAUGCAAAUAUACGGAUAGGUACUCAUUCAUGUAUAUCAAGGGUGCGUGAGUAAUAGUGAUAGGUAAGACAUGCUCCUCCUCAUUUUUGUUUCAAAUGGUUAGCUUUUUUAAAUAAAAAUAAAAAAAAUAAAUAAAUAAUAUUGGUGUA